AUGAGCGAGGAUGCGCCACCGGAGUUCAGCUCUCUGCACGACGUGGGAAAGCAGGAGUGGCUAAUGCCCGCUCCCUUGGCCUCGACUGGCCCCGGCGGCAACAUGGCCCCUAGCAGUGGUGCACUCAAUGGAGAGGCCUGGGAGUUCGUGUUUCCUCCCGCAUCGCAGCAAGCACAGCCCGCCUCCCAGGCCUUAUUAGCCGAAUUCAACGCCGUCAACCAGCUGGACUCCUUGAACCUCCUGAUUCCCACCUCGUCUGCCCCUGCAACAGAAACCGCCGCUUCGACCUCUGCAAUCGCGCGAACCCUCGAGGACCGCACGGCUCGCAUGAUCAACCUCGUCACCGAGCACAACUUCGACCACCCCGAAUGGCAACGCUGGCAGACGGACGACUACUGCGCGUACCUGGAAUACAGCGACACGCCCCUAGCCAAAAGUCGCGACGAGUUCCUGUCCAAUUACAAAGCCUUUGUGCAAAGAUAUCCCGAGUAUUCCCUGGAAAUCCUGACCAUUUCGGCAAAUGUGAAUGAGAAGAACGGAAUGGGCGCCGUGUGGUGUCACUUGCGGGUCAAGGGUCAUCCGGCGAACGUGGAGCGGGAGAGUGUGACGAUUGUGCAUUGGAAGCGAAGGCAGGGCAAGUGGACCGCGUAUCGGCAGAAUGGGGUGCGCGGUGUUGCUUGGUAUCCGUGA